AUGGUUAGUUAAGAUUGUUUAAUUAGUUUAGUCAGUUUUGAAAGAGCUCAAAAUAAAUAAAAAAGAGAAACUCUUGGGGAGAAGUAAUUAUUAGUAAGAAAAAAAUAAGAAUUUUUAGAAUGAAGAUGAUGGGUAAAAGAGUUAAUUUUACUUGCCGAUUAAGAUUUUAACUAAUCCGUUAUUGAGUGCUAAUGAAGGAUGA